CCAUGGAAGCCUAUUUUGUGUACCACUUCAAGUUGUCCACCGUGCCGCAACCCUGAACCGAUAACCUACAAUCAUUGGGGCGGAAAGAGCCCCACACUCCGACAACCGCCCACAGCUGAAUUCCCUGUUAUGGACAACCAUGGAGCAUGAUGGUGGCAAUACAGAACUGUUCACUGCUUACCCAGGAAGGCCUCUCGAGCGACUGGGAGAUGGCGGCGUCAACUCGAUCUCACAUUUCAGUGUCACCGUGCACAACUGGGAUCCAAGCAAUUCAGACCAAGCGGUCCAAUUGAUCACAAGCUCCAUUCGAAAUUCGACAUGCCUCCAACACAUCAACAUUUUUUUUGCGUCAAGAUUGCGUUCCGUAUUCUCUCAUCGGCUUGCGGCUUUGGUGAUGGAUGCUGCUGCAGCCAAUGCCAACUCAGCUUCAGUCAGUGUUUUUCUGCAGCGCUUGAGUCCAGUGCAUGUCAGGCCGAGUCUAGUAGAGAUGCUAUCUACCCCUGCUGCCCGCCUUCUUGUCCAGAAAGUGAAAUUAUCACCCGCUGGGGGGGACCAAGUAUUGCACCCACAAGACAUUCAAGCGUUGGGAGUAGCAUUAUCUCAGUUGACCAAUCUCCGCGAAUUGUCUUCUUGGGUGGGAGAUCUCUCAAUGCUGCGAUAUAUGGCAGAGGCCGACGAUCCCACAUGUCACAUACAAGAUCUUGUGGUGGAAGCUGAGAGCCACUUGGAAGGCCUGGCAGCCUUUCUCGGCAGUACUGUUGCCGCAGGCCUGAAUAAUCUGGAACUAUACAUGGAAGGCAGGACCAAUUUGGCCAAUAUUGCUACGCUCGGCCAGGCACUGAACGACCAUUCUGCCAUUUCGAACUUCAAGGUUUAUUACAGUCGAGCUUCGGGAGCUGGAUCGACCCAAGCAUUUGCCAACUUUCUGCAGCAGUUGAAUAGACCAUUGGAACUAGAUCUGGCCUUUGAUGGGGACGAAGAACUGCCAUUCCUUACCCGUACCACGAUGUUCCAAACUAUUCAAAAUCAAAGGCACAUAAAGAAACUUGCCAUUGAUUUUUGCAUGGAGGAUGCAGAUGGGACACCUUUAUUAGAGGCAACCCUUCGAGAAAUCGUGAGUUUGAACGAAGGUUUGUGGGAAUUGCAGUACAGAUGCGACCAGGAUGGAGCUUCCUACAAUCAAAGUCACGUCCAAGGCAUUGCCGAAGGACUGCGAAGACGUUGGCAACGAGGCCAGGAUGGAUUGAGAGUACUGUGCUUGGUAAUAGAUGGUCCACUUGAUUAUCUUACGCCACUCGUUGACGUGCUGCUGGACGACACGUUGCCACCCCCUGGAGCAGGACAGCGGUCAGUCCUUCAGAAGUUAGAGUUGCAACUUUCUAUCGAGGAUUUUCUUGCCAACCAAGACGCCGUCUUUAGACUCAUUGGAAGCCACCGAUGUCCUAUGACUGCUUUUUCACUCGCUGUGAGGGUGCAAAAUGAUGAUGAUCGCCUUGUGGAUGCAAGAAGGCAAUUCGCAAUGGUUUUGGAAAGCAAUAAAUCCUUGGAGACUGUCAGUGCAGUUCUCCCGACUGGAGCAAGCGACUUGGCGUUUGAACGAAGCAUCCAGACCAGCGUCACUCGCAAUCGGGUUGCCAAGAUUGUUCACCGAUUUGAUACGGGAGAACUUGGUCAUGAGGAUGUGGGGACGACCCUAGAUGAGGUCGAAGCUGUUUGUAACGAACAUGACUUCGACGUAAAGCGGAAGGAUGGCUUCUCGCUCACAGUGAUCUAUAGCUGCAUCAAGAAUUCGCGACAACGGGCGGAAAUAUUUGGUCGACUUGCACGGAUCAACUAAACCCUUACGGCAGCCCUUGCGGCAGCAUUAGCACCAGGGGGGCGUUGCGAUUUGCAAGCCUAGCAAGUCAGUGUGUUUCGCAUCACAUGCAGGUGCGAAUAGCUUUGGGUAUUGCGCAAAAUUAGUUUCAUCUUUUCUUUACCUGCUUGCUACAGUUGACUCCUGCAUAUCCUGGACAAGUUCUUUCGCAGUCUCUCUUCUUAUCACGAGUACUCCCUUCCUGGCAGGGUGAGACGCAACGGGCGCCAUUUCAUAUGCUUCCUCGACUGUCAAGGUGGAAUCGUAUCUGUCCAACGCCUCCAGAGCCUGUUCCUUCCACAAGUCUCCCACGGAUACGUUGAACUGCAGUGAAACAGCCAAUCCCCUCAGCAACAUGCUCGUCCUGUAAACGAGGCUAAGUUGAUUCGGGAAAUAUGUGACGCCGUCCUGUUUGUGUAGUUCCUUGUGCCAUGCGUGGUCCAGAUGGUAGCUCUGGAGAGGACCAAACAUGAGCUUGGCGAACUUGGAAAGGAACUCCGUGGAGUCAUUCUUGGUCUGAAUGCCCAUGUCGCGAAAUGCUGCCGCAAUUACUUCAUCCGGCUCGUUGUUUGCAACACUGACCAAUAGCCUUGCCACUUGAGCCUGUUCUCGUCGGGUCAAUCGACGGCACUGUCCAAAAUCUAUCAGACCAAGCUUGGGCUUUGAUGAAUUCUCAUCCUCCACGACUAGAAUAUUGCCUGGAUGCGCAUCGGCGUUGAAACACCCCAGGUUGAAGAUUUGAUGACCGUGAACAUCAAAAAGAGCAUCGAUCCACUCCUUUGUAAGAGCCAUGCGCUCUGAUUGCUUCGAGGCAGUACUGUGAUCCUCGGCCCAAGUGUGAAGGCUGGAAGGUACCAUUGAUCCUAGCAGCGGUGUUUCGGACAAGAUAUCAAUGGAUUUCACUGACAAUACAGUACACCACAGCUGCACUCGACGAGCCAUGCGCACGGUUCCCAGCAAUGAAUUCACACUGACCAGCUUGCUCCCAAUUUGUGCGGCUGUUCGUUGCCAGCUGCCUUGACUGGCUAGUGUUGACGAAUCUGCAUCGUUUUGCGAUUGCGUUGAUUCAGUUUCUGGAUCGUUUUCCAAAGUAUCGUCAUUUACAUCCCUUGCAGAUUGAUUGCCAUUGGCAAAUGCCUGCUCAUUGGCCUUUUGACUAUUGGUGUCGGCAGAAGUUCGCACAAGGCUUCGCAGUCCCUUCUUGGUAUCAAUUCCCAAUGCCUGCAGCUGCCGUCUAGCUUCUUCCUCGAGUUUGGGACCUGGCAAAUAUGUCAUGGUAAUGAUCUUUGAGGUGCAUAAUUCCGGGUAGACCUGAGGCACCACCACACCGCGCCUUUGAUAGGGUGCUUUUGGAUCCAACGAGGAUUGAUAAAUGUCUUGCAGAUUCCUGCGCUCCUGAUCAUAAUCCAGUUCGGCAAUGAAUUGUCGGCUGAACUCGUUGAAGCUCAAGUUGGCAGCACUUUCAUCCACGACGCCGAAAAAGACGCAAAUCUUGAGGAAAUCUCCCACGCAUUGAAUAUCCGCGGGAAUCUGCCACGAGGCAUCUGGAUAUUGAAUUUUGAUAAUGACUUGUCUGUCUUCGUCAUCAUCAACGUUGUUGUCGUUGUCAUUGGCACGUAGAACAGCCUUGUGCGCUUGUCCGAUGGAAGCGGCUCCACAAGGCACCGGAUCGAUGGAUUCAAAAAUUUCUUCUAUUGGUCUGUUCAAUUCACGCUCCAGCACUGGCUUGACGGAUUCUUCAAAGGCCUCCCAACCGGGAACAUCUGACUGCAAGGUUCUGAACUUGCUCCUGUAGCUUUCAGGGAUAGGCAGCGUCGUCACGGACAACACUUGGCCCAGUUUGACAUAGAGUCCCUUGAGUUCCAGCAGCACAUUGAGAAUUUCCGGAGCAUGUCGUUCAUGAAGCUCUUGCAGUUUUUUAGAUUCUUGUUCAUUUACUUCCUUGUCACCUUGCUGCUCCAAAUAUUUCUGAUACUUGACAUAGGGACUGCUACUGGCAAAAUUCCAGUAGUAAUCGAACACCACUGGGGCCACACCCUUCCAAAAGAGCAAUUCUCGGCGCAUCCCUCUUCCUUGUUCUGUUGAAACAUAAGCAGCGACACCGGUUGUCGCCACGAGGGCACUCCCACUCACCACUUGGGCUGUGCCUCUGGCGACUCGUUGUAGUCCUACUCGUAACAUGUUGGUGUGGGGGAAGUGAGUGUUUUGUGUGGUUGUUUGUUCUGCCGUUG